GCAAUAUCUCCACGUUCUCAGAGUAAACAACAUGGCGGUCACAACCUGACAACAGUGGAAAUUUGAGAUAAAAUCACUCAAAUACGUAGCAAGAAUAGCAUAUAGAGAGCACUGAAAAUAAAAUAUGGGGAAGAAGAAGGGUAAAAAGAGUGGUGCAAAGAGCACCAGCGGGAAAAAGAAAGGAAAGAGAGGGAAGAAGACGGCAGAACCACAAAUAACUGCACAAGAAGCAAUAUUAGCCUACCAGAUUAAUAUCAAAGAGAAACAGAUGGAGGAUUAUAUGUUUGAGAUAAAAAGCCUUGAGGAGAAAAAACAAAGACACCAAGGAAGAAAUAAUCGCCUAAAAGAAGAACAGGGUCAGUACUUGAAGACACUGUUAAAGCAGGCCAGAGAGUAUGAGAAGAAGCUGGAUGGGUUGGACCCCAUACAAAAAGAUGCGGUGAUCACAAUUAUGAUGGACAAAUGGGAGUCAGAGAGGCAAGAGAAGAAGAAUUUACAAGAGUUACGCAGUGAGAUCAAAAAACUAGACUCAAGUAUUGAGGGAAUGAAGAAAGAAGUAACCUGUUGGAAGGAAUACAAAGACAGGGGACAUCAAUCGCACAAGACACAGAUUACUUUGCUAGAAAAAGAGCUAAUUGACAUGAAUAUCAGUUUUGAAGAGAUGUCAGGUCACUUGGAAAAAACUCAGGAAAAAGCUCGGAACGAAAUACAGGAAUAUACAGACACAACAUUAGAUAAACAGAAACAUUUGGCCACAGAGCGUGCCAUGGGAACUAUGGACAAAUAUGACAGACAGGCUGUGUUGGACAAUGAAUGGAUCAAACAAGAGGUUGCUAUACAUCAUAAAGAUGCAAAGACAAUGGUAGGAGUUGUUGAAGAAAUGGAAAAGGAGAAUUUAGAGAUAAUGUGUGAUCUCUUUGAGUGCAAUGUGGAUGACUUAAAAAUAUCAAGGAAUUUUUACUUAACACAAUUUGAAGACAAUGAGAACUUAGAUGAGACUGGAAAUAUUCUUGAGAUAGAUCUAAGCCGUGUAUCUCUUAGUCACAGAAAUGAGACCCCGUCCCCUCCACUAGUUAGUGAUGUACCCAGAAAGCCUCGGCCGAAGAGUGCUGCAUUGAAAGCAAUUGAGGAGAAAGUAGCAGCUGUAACUGCCCAGCAUGCAGUGGAACAUGGCUAUGAUAUUGACAUCAACAGUGACUAUGACAAUGACAGUAUAGGUGGCGAUAGUAUGCAAGAAGACCCCUUCAACAAUUACUUCAACUUUGACGAUGAAGAUUUUGAGGAAUAUCUUAAACUAGGACCGCUGGAACUGAAGUUGCUAAAUGUCACAGGAAAUCAAAUGACUCUGAAUAAACAAAAGACUCUCACUGAAGAGGAAAUACGAUCGAAGGACUUCCGACCAGAUGAGUGGCCAGUCACACAACCAAUGUUACAAGAAGCUUUGGGUGGCGAUAAGGGGUCUCCAAGAACCCCUCGAACAUAACUUCAUCUAUAGUAUUUUUAUAGAAUCAAAAGUAGGAAAGUGGAGAAAGUAUUGCUUUUUAAACAUUCCAGAAUACUUAAGCUAAUACUCUCUAAUUUAGAGAUUCAUAAUUCACAAUAUUUCUAGAUUUUAUUGUAAUGAUUUAUAGUGUGGAAUGACCGAAUAAAACGAGUGUAAAAAAGCCACAUGAACACAUAAUUGGGUGAAUAAUGUGACAUUUGGGUGA